UUGCCACUGUUACUGUCUGGGCUUCCUGGCAUAUCUCAGCACCACUGGAAAUGUGCCAGAAAGAUGAAGUACUGUGCGGUAUAAUGUGGGAUUGAACAAGUGUUUUAAAGCUCCUCCUCUUCUACUGAUGAAAAAGACCCCGGAUUUUAUCAAGGUAAAGGGAAACGAGAUCUGGUGUGAAGAGGAAAUAGACAGAACUGGCCUGUAACUCACAAGACAACCUGAAAGUAAACUGAAGGAUGGAUGGCGCUCAGAGCACCAAAGACUUUGAGCUUAAUCAAGUUCCAGAGGAAACCACUAAGACAGAUGAACGGCCCAAAUGGGACAAUAAGGUUCAGUACCUGCUGACAUGCAUCGGAUUUGCUGUUGGCUUGGGGAAUGUAUGGCGAUUCCCUUAUUUGUGUCAGGUAUAUGGAGGAGGUGCAUUUCUGAUCCCAUACCUCAUAGCUCUGGUGUUUGAGGGGCUUCCUCUGCUUCACAUGGAGCUAGCUAUUGGUCAGAGGCUCCGCAUGGGCAGCAUAGGAGUCUGGAACUCGAUCUCACCUUAUCUAGGAGGAGUAGGUGUGGCCUCGAUGACUGUGUCAUUUUUAGUUGGUUUAUUUUAUAACACUAUACUGGCCUGGGUUCUGUGGUAUUUCUUCCAUUCAUUCCAAAACCCAUUGCCAUGGGAGUCGUGCCCAGUCAACGCAAAUCUCACUGGGUAUGUAGAAGAAUGUGAGAAGAGCACUCCAGUGAACUACUUCUGGUACAGAGAAACACUGAAUAUCACUCCGAACAUUUUGAGUAAUGGGGGUCUUCAGUGGUGGCUGGUGGUGUGUCUGGCUUCAGCUUGGGGUAUUGUCUACAUCUGCUUUAUUCGAGGCAUCGAGACCAUCGGCAAGGCAGUUUAUGUCACAGCUACAUUCCCAUAUCUUGUGCUUACCAUCUUUCUGGUCCGGGCAUUGUCUUUGCCAGGAGCUACUAUUGGAUUGCGCCACCUUUUCACACCGAAUUGGGAAACAUUGAAAAACCCAACAGUGUGGUUAGAUGCUGCAACCCAAAUCUUCUUCUCGCUGUCACUUGCAUUUGGAGGCCUCAUUGCAUUUUCCAGCUAUAACCCACAAAAAAACAACUGUGAGCGAGAUGCUCUUAUUGUUGGCUGCAUCAACAGUGCUACCUCGAUCUAUGCAUCAAUACCUAUUUUUUCUAUCCUGGGAUUUAAAGCACUAUCAAGCUAUAAUGACUGUAUAAACAGUAAUAUCCUGGAAUUAACAAAUGCUUUUAAUAUUCCGGAUAUGAAUAUAACAGAGGACAAUUAUGAGAGAUGGUUGACAGAGUUUAAUCAUACAAAUCCACAUGAAAUUCAGAGCCUUAAUCUGAAGAUAUGCAAUCUCCAAGAACUGCUUGAUCAGAGUGCCUCAGGCACAGGUCUGGCAUUCAUUGUGUUCACUGAGGCAGUAAUAAAGAUGCCAGGUUCCCAAGUCUGGGCUGUGCUCUUCUUUAUUAUGCUCUUCAGCCUUGGACUUUCGUCAAUGUUUGGAAAUCUAGAGGGGGUUUUGACACCUCUGCUGGACCUGCACCUCGUGCCGAAGUGCAUUCCUAAGGAGAUUUUUACAGGUCUGAUGUGCAUGCUUUCCUUUUCUGUGGCACUUAUCUUCACUUUGGGAUCUGGAAACUAUUGGCUGACCAUCUUUAAUAACUAUGUAGGUUCCUUGCCUCUGCUGGUCAUCGCCUUUUUCGAGAUCACAGCCGUGAUGUACAUCUACGGUGGCAACAGAUUUAGUGAUGAUAUAGAAUGGAUGACAGGACGAAGACCCAACCUAUACUGGCAAGCUACAUGGAGGGUGAUCAGUCCUUUGAUGCUGCUGGUUGUCUUGUUGGCUUAUAUAGUGGUACAGGCACAAGAAAAUCCCACCUAUGAUGCAUGGAACCCAGAUUACGUAAAUUUCCCGGCGCCAGAAAUCCUGAAGUAUCCAGGUUGGGUCUAUGCCAUUUGUAUUCUCCUGGCCGCUGUUCCCUGCUUACUUAUUCCGCUUUGGGCUCUCUGUCAUUUUAUUAAAUUUUCAUGUAAGUACCUGGCAGACAGACAGAUUAAGAUAUUUCAUGAUAAUGAAGGGUAUGAGGUGGAAACAUAAGUAAGGUAUUUAGAUAGAAUUGUUGAGUAUACAAAUGAAUUCUUUCUGAUUCAAAACAUACCUGUGGAAGACACUGUGUUUUGUGUACUGACUUUAUAAAGAUUACAUUAACACCAACGUACUGUAAUCAUAUCUAUUUUAUCUAUUGUUUGUACAUCUAUCUGACACAUACUGUAUAUUACAUUACUAAACUAAUAUAAAUGGUCUGCUUUCUGGAAGAGAUUUUUUUUCUUGCAGUUCACAAAGAUUCACCUGUUUCCUGUGCAAUAAAUAAAAGGAUACGUUCAAUAUAAUAUAGUAUAUUGGAUAUACUGUAUACUUUAUGAAUGUUUAUUCUAAUGGAUUAAUAUUUUGUUUUGUUCAGAUGUCUGACCUAAUUUUCUCAUUUUGGAAGUGUAUAAUGUUUGUAUGGAGGUUUGAAUAGCACAGUGAGGUUAUUGCCUAAGAAGAGUAAUAAACUAUUCAGUCACU